CGCGGGCGGAAGGGGGCGGGCGGAAGGCGCGGCGGCGGAUGGCGGUGGCGGGCGCGGUGCGGGGAUGGAGGGCGGCGAGGCGGGCGGCGGGGGGCUCCUGCAGCAGAUCCUCAGCCUGCGCCUGGUGCCCCGCGUCGGCAACGGCACCACCACCUACUCCAGCCCGCUCUCCACCUUCCCAGAGAUGUGGUACGGCGUCUUCCUGUGGGCGCUCGUCUCCUCGCUCUCCUUCCACGUCCCGGCGGCUCUGCUAGCGCUGUUCACGCUCCGGCACCACAAGUACGGCAGGUUCAUGUCCGUGAGCCUCCUGCUGAUGGGCAUCGUGGGACCCAUUACCGCCGGCAUCCUCACAAGUGCUGCCAUUGCUGGAGUUUACAGAGCUGCAGGGAAAAAAAUGAUUCCCUUUGAAGCCCUCAUUUUGGGAGUGGGCCAGACGUUCUGCGUGGUGGUGGUUUCGUUUCUACGCAUUUUAGCCACUCUCUAGCUCUUCUUCAGACGCUAGAGAUCUCAAAUCAAAGGAAGAGCAAAGGAUCUGCUGCCUGUGCUACCUCUGAAACAGAUCAGGGGGAGUGCAGCGGGAGGUGUGCCUGGGUGUGUGCUUUCUCUGCUGGAUAAAGGUAACCCAAGGGUGUGCUCCUGCCUUCAGCAUGACUGAAAAUUAAGCUAAAAAUGGUGAUUUUGUUAUUUUUUGGUAACAUUAAGUGCCAAGUGGAACUGUUAUUUCCCUGGAGGAUAGGAAACUAAAUGGCUUCUGGAGGAGAAGGCCCAUCUACCUUUUAGCAGUGAUGUAUUCUAGCAACAGGAUGUAGCUAAGAGGUGACAGUAGCUGUUGUGGGGUAGAACCAGUGCUACAGAGUGAAGUGAUGCUCACUUAAUGCUUUGAGUUCUUGCUGCUUGGUUUGCAGUGAAUUCUUCUAAUGUGAAUUUUUUAAAUGAGAAAAUGAAUUUGUGUUCUUCCUGGCUCGAAUACCAGCUCUUGCUCAUAGUGAAUUUGGAAGCAGCAAAAGGAAAAAUCAUUUUAGACAGAUGAAAGUGCAAAUUUGUUGCAGAGAACCGUGACUAUGAACACUGCUGUGGGGGAAAUAAUUGGUGUAAAAAGGAUUGCUACCUUUGUGAAUUUUAUUACAGUGAAGCCCUUCAGGCACUGUGUACCUUCUGCCUGAGAGGCAGAGCACAGCUGAUGGGACACUACACCCCACUGCCCACACUGGGAAUCCCAGGACACAUGUGUGAGUGCUCACUGUUGCUUCUAGGGCUCUGAAGGAGACUCAUGGUUUUAAACUUACCCAUUCUCCUUUUACUUGCUGAUAAUGUUUAUGGUGGUGUGGUGGAAUUGGGUGUCUUUCUUUGCUGACAUGAAAACAUUGCUGGCCAGCUUACAUAAAACUCAGCACACUGCUUCUUAGGUGACUGUGCUGUUUGGUGCUGGGUUGUUGGGAUCUGGGGCUUCCCAGGUGCAGAGGCAGCCAGCUCACAGCAUGGUGCUGGGUGGGAUUCCUGCAAGACUCCUGUGAGGAGCCCCAGUGAUUCCCACGUCCCAGCCCAACCUUUGCCAGCGGGCAGCGUGGUCUCUCAUAAUGAAUUGGUUUAGUUUGGUUUGUUUUAAGUGACUUUUAACUAACUCUUAGAUCCGCCCUUUUGCCAGGAGACAUGCCAUGUGGCUGCGGCACUCCGGUAGCUGGCUAGGUAUUUCCUGGGAGCUUGGUUUUUGGGGGGCCUUGGGGAAGCUGAGGUUGAGUGCCAAGGAUGGGGGAUUGAUGUAGCCAGCUCCGUGGCUCUGCUGUGGUCAUUUAGUUAUUGCCACGGGCAUGGCAUGGGCUGCCAAGGGAAGGUGCAGUCUGUAUCCAGCCUUGCAGAACACGCUUACCAUCCAUGUUUUUGCUGAACUCCUUUGGUUUCUAAACCUGCUCACCUGUUGUACCCACAACAUUUCGUAAGGCCAGUUAUCCUCCAUGAGCCAUGUGUCCUUUCUACUGAAACAACCCUCAGCAGGGUGCGCUGUGUAUUGUGAAGAAGAAUUUCUCUCUGUGUACUAAUUUCUCAGGAGCGGUCUGUUGGCAGCCAAUGGCAAGAGGUGGUUUGCAGGAGCUACCUACUGAGAUUACCCUAAAUUUUAUCGCGUGUUAAUUCAGGGAAUAAAGCUGUGCAUUUUAGGGAAGACUUUAAUGUGAAUCCUUUUCCCUAGGUGGGUGAGGUCCAGGUGGUGUAACAAAUUCUAAGCCGUGGAUCUCCAGAGAGCCCUGUGUGCUGUGCUGCUUGUAGAGAGCCUGUCUUCCUACUGCGGCAUCCAUCUGGGGAACGUUGGGCCUCUCCUUCCCUCUUUGCUUCUGCCCCCAGUGAAAAAGCAGGAUUGAUGAUUUCUCUAGAUGUCUUUUUCCCCUCCCUUUUCAAAUGGCUGCACACACAGCGCCUGUCCAGAGUGCCUGGUUUAAUUCACGUGAAUUCUGUGUUUUCCUGGGUGGACUAGAGUGGGCAGCUCUGGCCUUACCUUUCAGGUGAAGCUAGAAACCAGUGUCCUGGUUUCUAGCUCCCCUUUUCCUCACCCUGGCAUCAAAGACUAAGCAGAUGACAACUGCGAAAGCACUUUAUCAGUGUGCCACAUGUGAUGGCACGAGGCUGGUUCCUCUGUGGUAAUGGGCUGAAGCACACAGGAUGCAAAUCUGGGCUGUUAAGAACAAAAAUUGCUUAAUAAAAUCACUUGGUGCUGGGUGAACUGAAACCCUCCUGGUUUCUACUCAUUGUGAUCUCCAAAGUCUGUCUAGGGGAGAAGGAAGGGGUCUGCUUUACUUGGAGAGUUGACAGCUUGGCCACUGUUUGGAAGUUGAGUGGUUGGAGCCAGUGGUGCCUCUCUGUGCCCAGGUGCUGUGAAAUUUGCAGGGAAUUAUUGCUUAGGAGGUGAACAGUCAGCUGCUGACUUGUCUUGGCAGGCAUUAGCACUGGGUGUGUGUUCUUUGGUAUUCACAGAGCAUCCACUGCUCCCCUGGCUGCCUUCCCCACCUCCCUGUGCAGUAGAAUCAGAUCCAAACAGCAAGGAGAAGUAGUCUUGAAUCGGUCACUGCUGGCACUUCCUCCCCUCUCAUUGCAUCAGCUUGGUCUUCCCUUUACAUUCCCUUAUGCUGAGUGAGGUGAGCAGAGGAAUCCCCUCAGUUUUCAGCUAAAAGGGGUGGCAGUAGACUUUGCUCAGUGAAACUUGCCCAAAACUUCAGAGUUGUAAACCAUCAGUGCUGAGGUGUUCCCCACAGUGCUGUGAGCCCCUGGCCAGCAUCGCUCGAGGAAACACCUUGCAGAGAAGCCACCUGCACUGGAGAAACUUCGCUGCUGAGGCUCAUGGCCCUGCUCUCUGUGCGCAGAUAUGCCCUGUGUGCUCUGAUUCAGCUCCCACCUCACUUCCUGUCUCACUGAUGACUGUGGCUGUCGCGAACAAAUCUUUGUACAAUAGGAAACUCUGUAAAUUUUAUUUUUCUACUGACACUUCUAAUCCUGGUGGUGAUUAUCAGUAAAUUCUGUAACCAUCGAGGUGAAUAAAGUUGUGUGUUUCUCCCGCA